AUGGCAGCCAUAGGCGGGGAUGGAAACAAUGAGAUUUUUCCUAUUGCAUAUGCUAUUGUGGAAGCAGAGACAAAAGCAUCUUGGGAGUGGUUCAUAUACCUUCUACUUGAAGACUUAUAUGAAAUCAAGCACAGAGCUUAUGCCUUCAUUUCAGAUGAGCAAAAGGGUUUAGUACCAGCUGUUCAAAGUGUAAGUGAACAUGUGGAACAAAUACUAUGUGUGAAGCAUUUCUAUAGCAAUUGGAAAAAGAACAUCCAGGACUUGAAUUGA